AUGAAACUCACAAACCAAACUCAGCUUUCAGAAUUCCUUCUCCUGGGAUUCUCAGAGGACCCAGCCCUGCAGCCACUCAUCUUUGCUCUGUUCCUCUCCAUGUAUCUGGUCACUGUCAGUGGGAACCUGCUCAUCAUCCUGGCCAUCCUCUCAAACUCCCACCUCCACACACCCAUGUACUUCUUCCUUGCCAACCUGUCAUUAGCAGAUGUCGGCUUCACUACCAACACCAUUCCCAAAAUGUUGGUGAACAUCCAGACACAGAGCCAAGCCAUCAGCUAUGCAGGCUGCAUCACACAGAUGUUCUCCUUUCUGCUGUUUGGAGGCCUGGAUGACUUUCUCCUGACCGUGAUGGCGUAUGACCGGUUUGUUGCCAUCUGUCACCCCCUGCACUAUACAGUCAUCAUGAACUCCCAGCUUUGUGUUCAGAUGGUUCUGGUGUCCUGGGUCAUUGUUGUCCUGAAUGGUCUUAUUCAGAGCUUACUGAUCCUGAGGCUGAGCUUCUGCACACACCUGGAAAUCCCCCACUUCUUCUGUGAGAUAAAUCAGGUGGUCCACAGAGCCUGUUCUGACACAUUUCUUAAUGACCUCAUAAUGUAUCUUGCAACUGUGCUGCUGGGAGGUGGUCCCCUGGCUGGGAUCCUAUACUCUUACUAUAAGAUAGUCUCCUCCAUCCGUGCCAUUUCAUCAACUCAAGGGAAGUAUAAAGCCUUUUCCACCUGUGCCUCUCACCUCUUCACCAUCUCCCUAUUUUAUGGCACCUGCAUAGGAGUGUACCUCAGUGCCGGCGCUGCCCCACAUUCAGCCUCAACUGCAGCAGCCUCGGUGAUGUACACAGUGGUCACCCCCAUGCUGAACCCCUUCAUUUACAGCAUGAGGAACACAGACAUGAAGAGGGCUCUGAAAAGACUGCUGUUCCAUAAAAUACAGUGA